CCCCAAGUUCCAAGUGGGAAGCGGUGGCUGUGACGCAAGUUUCCAGGGGGCCCUGGGCUCGGAGGGAGCGCGCCGGACCGCCGCGCCGGGUGCAGCUGCAGCGGCGCGGGAGGCAAAGUGCCCAGCGGCGCCCGGGGGCCGCCCCGGCCAGCGCCGCGCCCGCCGCCCCUGCGCGCGCCCAGUCCCCGCCGGACCCCGGCCGCACGGGCUGGGCUCCCCGCCGGGGCUGGCCUCGGUCUUUUUUUUUGCAACGCUUGCCAACCUGUCAGCUGAUGGACCUCAUCACCCAUAGUGGCGCAUGUAGCUCGGCCGCAGCUCGCUCGGCCCGCGCCGCGGCCCCCCAGCCGGCCCGCGGCCCCCCGCGCCCCGCGCCCCGGGGCUGGCCCGCACGCACGGGUCGCCACGGCUCCCCGGGGGCCCGCGCCCCUCUCGCCCGGGCCUCGCGGCGCCCGGGGGGGCGCUGCAAAUAGUCCUUUGUUUACAUGCAAUUCCUUACUCCGCGGAAGGAGGCCGGGGGAGUGCUGAGUUUUCACCAGCUGUUUCCCGCCUUGAAACAGACAUCUGAUCAGCUGCAAACACACACACACAUACACACGCCCGGGGAGGCAGGCCGGAGAGACCUCCCUCCCGCCCCUCCCGCCCGCCUCCCUCCCCUCGCCGCCGCCGCCGCCAGCAUCUGGGACCGGCCGAUUCUGCACCUCCGUCCGGCGCUGCCCUUUGAUUCGGAUUUCCAUCUUGCAUUCUCCCGCGGACCUCGGGACCCGGCUCGUGCAGAGGAGGGGGGCCGAUCGCUAUGGAGUAUUUCAUGGUGCCCACUCAGAAGCCUGGCCAACAUUCCACUGACCCCCGAGACGCAGCGGGACCAGGAGCGGCGGAUCCGGCGGGAGAUUGCCAAUAGCAACGAGCGGAGACGCAUGCAGAGCAUCAACGCGGGCUUCCAGUCCCUCAAGACCCUCAUCCCUCACACAGACGGCGAGAAGCUCAGCAAGGCCGCGAUCCUGCAGCAGACAGCCGAGUACAUCUUCUCGCUGGAGCAGGAGAAGACGCGGCUUCUGCAGCAGAACACGCAACUCAAGCGCUUCAUCCAGGAGCUGAGCGGCUCGUCCCCCAAGCGACGGCGGGCAGAGGACAAGGAUGAGGGCAUCGGCUCGCCGGACAUCUGGGAGGACGAGAAGGCGGAGGACCUGCGGCGGGAGAUGAUCGAGCUGCGGCAGCAGCUGGACAAGGAGCGCUCCGUGCGCAUGAUGCUGGAGGAGCAGGUGCGCUCGUUAGAGGCCCACAUGUACCCCGAGAAGCUCAAGGUCAUCGCCCAGCAGGUGCAGCUGCAGCAGCAGCAGGAGCAGGUGCGGCUGCUGCACCAGGAGAAGUUGGAACGAGAGCAGCAGCACCUGCGCACACAGCUCCUGCCUCCUCCGGCCCCCACCCACCACCCCACCGUGAUUGUGCCGGCGCCCCCUCCCCCGCCCUCCCACCACAUCAACGUCGUCACCAUGGGCCCCUCCUCAGUCAUCAACUCUGUGUCCACGUCGCGGCAAAACCUGGACACCAUCGUGCAGGCCAUCCAGCACAUCGAGGGCACCCAGGACAGGCUGGAGCAGGAGGAGGAACAGCGGAGGGCGGUCAUCGUGAAGCCGGUCCGCAGCUGCCCGGAGGCCCAGGCCUCGGACACCGCGUCUGACUCGGAAGGCUCGGACAGCGACGCCAUGGACCAGAGCCGGGAGGAGCCGGCUGGGCUUGGGGGCCUUCCCUGACCACCCCAGCCCUCCUCUCCCAUCUGGGGGCUGGAGGGGGCUGGGGCAGCACCCGGGAGAAAUGCGGGCGAUCGAGUGAGGAAUUUUUGCAAAAUCACGACGUCAUUUGGGUCUCUUUUGUGACCUCUCUUUCAAUACUGUAAAUCUGGGAGGAAGCUGCCUGAUCCGCGUGUGGGGGCCAGGCUGGCACAGAGCUCCGGGCGCCGGCCGAGGGCCCGGACUGCGGCCCCCAGCCCUCGGGCCGGGGGAGCUGCCACAGAGCUGCCGGGCCUCUCCGCCAAAAACCAUGGUUUCAUUUGAACGUGUUUUUGAGAACAGGGAAAAGCGAGCAGAACCCCACGGCGUCUCUGCCCCCUCUCUCCGAGCCAGUCUGAACCCCACCUCCCCUCUUUCUGGUUUUCUCCUUCCUGGAAGCACUUACAUGGGUGGAGGGUUUGGCUGGGUGGGGGUGCCCUGGGGGGCCGGGGGUCUCUGUUGCUUCUUGGUGGGGGUUUGCUGCUCCUGUCUCCCACCCCCGCCCUGCAUCUCGGAUCCGCCAGGCACCUGCCCAGGCCCCCCCUCCAGGCUCCCCACCCUCAGCCCCCAGAUGUCUGUCUCUCUCUCUUUUUGUUUUGUUUGUUGUUUUUUUUUUCCCCCAAUUUUUGUUUUGGUUUUGUUACUUUAAGACAAUUUUUUUUACAGUUUUUUGAGGUCUUUGUGUUCAAGGAGAAGCUAUUAUAUUUUGUUAAGAAAGUGUGUGUGGGGGGGAACCAAGAGGCCACCGUGCCUUUAUAAAGAAACAAAAUAAAGUUUGUAC